AUGGCAGAUGGUACCUACAGGUUCCAGCAGCCUGGGGCCGGGCAGUUUUACUUCCAAUCACAACAACAACACUCGCAUCCACGCCACCUUCAAAACGGAACCAAUUCUCCAGGUCGGCUCAAGCUUAGCAACGAGACUCCCUCACCCUCUAGAUCACCUUCCGCCAACCAAUCUGCAGCUCUGAAUCGAUUCAACAUGUACCAGAAUCAUCAGACCCAGCAUGUCAUGAUGAAUGGUGGUCAAACCCACCAACGGUUUGGCAUGCAUAUGCCGAAAUUUCAGUCACAAACUCACCAUCCUCAUCACGCCCCGCAACAGCAUCACCUUAAUCACCACCCUCAAUCCGGCCACAAUCUUCACCAGCACUUUUCAAGCGCGGGCCUAACCUCGACAACCCCUCACUUCACUCCCAGCCAUCUGCAGAACGGAGCUUCAGCCGCAGUAGACGAUGAUGUGGACGAAUCGAAUGAAUACUGGCAGGAACAACGUCAACUUGGCAAUGAAGCUCGGCAGGCCAAUUCCCCUCAUUACCAUGCCCGCCUAAUGGCCAGCCAAACGCGGGGAAUCUCGAUGGUGGCGAAUCAGACAGAGACACCCGAGAAAGGUCUUGACGCACGAGCGGGCGCCAGCUCUGGCAAGCUAGCUCCGCGACCAGGCCUGUCGGGGAUUGACUGUGGUGGACAAGGCAUGCGGGCUUUGGCUCCCUCCCUAUUCAAUAACUUCAUGUUCCUCGAAACUCUCCAUUUGAGCUACAACAAACUGAAGGUCCUCCCGCCUGAGAUCGGCCAAUUGCGAAAGUUAACUCACCUUGAUCUGACUGGCAACGAAAUCAGCGAACUGCCUGAAGAGAUUGGCAUGUUGACUAACCUUCAAACCCUCAUUCUUGUUGACAAUAAUAUUCGCAAUUUCCCCUACGAAAUGGGCUAUCUCUACAGGCUGGAUAAAUUGGUCGUCCCCGGAAACCCUCUGAAUGAGACCUUGAAAGCUCAGAUCUCGGCGGGCGGUACCAAAGGAUUAAUCAAGUAUUUGCGGGAAGAAAUGCCUGGUGAGUACACUCUAUUUCAUAUGACUGUGCCGGAAGAUUUAUGCUCACAAUCCAUACUUUCUUCAGUUCAUCCGCCUCCUCCAGAACGAGACUGGAUCAUUCUUGACGAGACAGCAAGCUCGACCAACAGCACCGCGGAGAAGAUCACGGUCUUAUCAUACAACACCUUGUGCGAUGCCUCUGCUACUCAGUCUCACUAUGGCUACACACCCUCUCGCGUUCUGUCCUGGGAGUUCCGGCGCGAGCUGAUUCUCAACGAAUUGCGAUCUCACAACUCAGACAUUGUUUGUCUACAAGAAGUUGCGCAGGGUAGCUACAAUAACUUCUACCGCGAGAAAUUGGCAUACAGUGAUUACAAGGGCGUGUUCUGGCCUCGUGGACGUGCGAUGGGCAUGCCCGAGGAUGAUGCCAACACCGUGGAUGGAUGUGCCACCUUCUACAAGGGAAGCAAGUUUAUUUUACUGGACAAGCAUCUCAUCAACUUUGGCCAAACUGCUGUCCGACGACCUGACGCCAAGGGCCAGGAUGACAUUUACAAUCGGUUGUGGCAGAAGGAUCACAUUGCAGUUGUCCUGUUCCUUGAGAACCGCCAGACAGGUGCCCGUUUCCUGGUUGUCAAUGCUCAUCUCUAUUGGGAUCCUGCUUUCAAGGAUGUGAAGCUCAUCCAGACUGCAAUCUUGAUGGAGGAGAUCACCAGGCUGUCCGACAAGUAUGCGAAAUGGCCCGCAUGCACCGACAAAUCCGCUUUCCGAUUCUCUGAGGCAGAAACCGACGCGGAGAACGCCCCGGUGGUGGAGCCUGCUCCUUCGAUGGAGUACUCUAGUGGAGAUCAGAUUCCAUUGUUGAUGUGUGGUGAUUUCAACUCUUCGCCAGGGUCUGCGGCGUACAACUUGAUUGCCAAUGGCGGUCUCAACGAAGAUCAUCCAGAUCUUGAGAAUCGUCUUUACGGUAACCUGAGCAAGGUAGGCAUGACGCACCCGUUCAAACUCAAGUCUGCCUAUGGAGCUAUCGGUGAGCUCAGCUUCACAAACUAUACUCCCGAUUUCAAGGACAUUCUCGACUACGUGUGGUAUUCAUCCAACACACUGCACGUCUCUGCGCUUCUCGGCGAGGUGGACAAGGAAUACCUUCGACGGGUACCUGGUUUCCCCAAUUUUCAUUUUCCUAGUGAUCAUGUGGCAUUGUUCGCGGAGUUUACAAUUAAAGGGAAGAAGGGUAAGGUGGUGGAGGCGGAUUUUGGGCCGCAACGACGCUGA